GACAGAGCGUGGUUUGCACAUGUGCGUAUUUCACGUAAAGGUUCAGAUUUAGGCAAAAGCAUUGGUCAACGAAUAUAUUUCCAUCUGAGACCUAACCGCUCAUUGUGAAACAUUUGACCCCAUGGUAUGAUCUGUGGAUUAAAGACUUUACAGGCAACUUUUUUUUGACGGACUUUAUUUGCUUUUGGACCUAUUUGCAGCUAUCUCAACAUGUGGCUCUGCAGUUCUACCCAUCAGCACAGGUUUCUUUUUGUCUGGUGUAGACAACUGUGCAGACUGGCAUCCAUGGGCUCAUCAGCAGAGUCCUCUCUGAUUCCAGAGGGCAGGAGCCAGGACCCUGCAGUCAGAAGGCACCACAGAGGGUCAAAUACCUCCAAUGCUCCACAUCAGCCUGCUCAAGCUGAAGGGAUGUCAAACCGUAGGAGGUCAGCCCAAAUUAAAUCUUUAAAGAAUGAGAUUCCACCAUCUCAGAAGCGGAAUCAUGGGAGGGAAGGCGUCUUCAAGGUGUCAGCUGAGCUCAGGAAACUGUGUCUGGAGGACUUCCCUGCAGACAAGGAGAGGUACUUUAGACCAAAGCCAACAGAGAUCUCUGAGUUUGUUUUUGGCAUUGCUCCCUGUCUCUUGGCUCUCACUCAGGGAAGAAGGAAGGCCUACCAACUGUUGGUCAAAGAUGGUGAGGCCUCUCAGAGAGCUUCUGUUUUAAGGAUAUGUGAGGUGGCACAUCGGCAAGGGGUACAAGUCAGUCGGGUUAGCAAGAAAGAUUUAAACAAGAUGUCCUCAGGAGGAGUACACCAAGGAGUGUGUCUGCGAGCAAGUCCUCUGAGCUUUCUCACCGUUGAAACAGAAUUCAGCACAAGUGGUGCAGGCAUCCCUCUGUGGCUCGUCCUGGACAGAAUCCAGGACCCCAUGAACCUCGGUGCCGUUCUGCGCUCUGCUUAUUUCCUCGGCGUGGACAAGGUGAUCAGCAGUCUUGGCCACAGCUGCCCGCUAUCUCCAGUGGUCAGCAAGGCCAGCUCAGGCGUCAUGGAGGUCAUGGGAGUAUAUGGAUGUGACAGCCUGGAAGAAAUGUUAAGGAUGAAAGUGAAACAUGGUUGGCAUGUGGUUGGCACAGUGGGAGCAGAUCCAAAGGAGUCACAGAUUCCUGUUAUCCCAUGUUCGGACUUUCAGGUGACCAGGCCAACAAUGCUGCUGAUGGGAGGCGAGGGGGAAGGGCUCUCCAUGAAGCUCCUCUCUUUGUGCCAAACCCUGCUCACAAUCUCAGCUGGAAGAGACUUGUCCCCCGGCAUCGAGUCACUGAACAUCUCUGUGGCUGCAGGCAUCCUGCUGCACUCUCUGCUGCUCACGAAAUCCAGAUGUUUAUCACAGAAGGAAACUGAGAAUUAGUCCUUAAUGCUCUGGUAAACAAUAUUUGGGUGAAAGCAUGAAGCUGAUUAUUUACUUGUAUUAUUAUCAAUAAACCUCAUAUAAAGACUAAAAA